AUGUCCAUUGGAGUGUAUUGCUUCAGACGCAGCCACUUCUCCUUCUGCCCUCCUCUCCUGAGGCAGCAAAUACAGCUGCAGCAGCAGCAACAGCAGCAGCAGCAGCAGCAGCAGCAGCAGCAGCAACUGCAUCUGCAUAGCCGUUCGCUGCUCGUGCCUAGGCAGCUUCUCCACUUGAGCCGCAGCAGCAGCAGCAGCAGCAGCAUCAGCAGCAGCAGCAGCAAAUCAAUAUUCCGCUACCGUGAACUAGCAACAGCAGCAACAGCAGCAGCAACAGCAGCAGCAGCAGCAGCAGCAGCAGCAAACUCAGGUGUAUCGACAGGUCGCAGCUGGCUGAGCAGAAUGAAGCGCGAGGAUCCGUCCGUCUCCCCUUCUUCUGCUGAAGACCAGCAGCAGCAACAGCAGCAGCAGCAGCAGCAGCAGCAGCAGCAGCAGCAGCAGCAGCAGCAGGAUUUGUCCCCUGAAGACAAAGAACUAAAGGCGCAGCGUGAGGCCCGUAAGAAAGCAAAGGAAGCAGAAAAAGCAGCAAAAGAAGCAGCAAAGCAAGCCAGAAAAAAAGCACAGGGUAAACCCUAA